CAGGACAGCACCAGCCGCCCAUCUCUUAUGACCGGACCGUGCAAACAAGCAGCAGACAUAAUAUUUGUGGUGGACACGUCAUCCUCCAUAUGGCCAGUUCACUUCAACAAACACGUGAAGACGUUUCUCAAAGACGUGAUCGCUUCCUUCAAUAUCGGACCUGGUCCCCUGGACACGAGAGUUGGCAUCCUGCUGUUCAGCACCAGGGAAUACCUGGAGUUCCACCUCAACACAUACGAGGUAUGUUUGUGGAUCGCACUAUUGUGUCUCUCUGCUACAGUGACCGACAUUAAAAUUGUAGAAAUAUGUUAAAAGAUGGAACAUGUAUAAAAGUCUAAGUCUUUUAAUAAAACCUGCAAAGCCAUUUUUUUUUUUGACGAAUAAAUUAGUUAUCCCCAUUUGGCUCUCCUGUUAAUUGUUAUUCUACAGUAAGCUUUAAUAUUAAGUUUUAAUCUACAGUAUCUUAUGAAUCAAAUGCUUAUGUAAGUCUAAUCUGUCAUAAGAAAAAAUAGCAUGGUAUUUUCAACAUAUACUUUUUAUUUAUAAAAAAAAAUAAAAAAAAUAAAAAAAUAUCUCAUUAUCAACCUUAAGUUACUGAGUGGGAGAGUGAGGAUUUCGGCAAAUUACCUCGUUUUUUCCCCCCACUCUUACAGACAGUGAACGACACCUUGAAGGCAGUGGACGCCAUCAGGUUUCGUGGGGGCGACACCUACACCAAUAAGGCGUUGGAGUACGCCGCUAGAACGAUGCUGACGUCAGAACAUGGCGCCCGAGAAGGAGUUGCCAAAUUGCUCGUAGUACUCACUGACGGCAGAUCAGCUAACAAGAAGAAAACCGAGGACGCAGCCAAGGCACUGAAAGCACGAGGUAGAUACCGGGACAAUUAG